GAAGCACAGCCCUCCCGCCGCCAGGGCGCUGUCUGGGACUGCUGGGAAGCUAGAGGCCCGCAGGUCUCCGCGCGCGCGCGCUGGCGGCGGGCCGCGGGCUCAGUGCGCUCCGGCUGGGGUGGCCGCGGCUCUGGACUCGGCGCCCUGCGCGCACUUCAGCGAUGGCUUCUCCACCGCGGCGGUGGCUUCGCCUUCGCCCCUGCCGCCUUCUGCUUCUUCUCCCUGGAUUCCUGCUGUCUGUUUGCAGCGCCUUCAACCUAGAUGUGGACAGCCCUGCCGAGUACUCUGGCCCAGAAGGAAGUUACUUUGGUUUCGCUGUCGAUUUCUUCGUGCCCAGCGCGUCUUCCAGGAUGUUUCUUCUGGUGGGCGCACCCAAAGCAAACACUACCCAGCCAGGGAUUGUGGAAGGAGGGCAAGUCCUCAAGUGUGAUUGGUCUUCACACCGCAGGUGCCAGCCAAUUGAAUUUGAUGCAACAGGCAAUAGAGAUUUUGCCAAGGACGAUCCGUUGGAAUUUAAGUCCCACCAGUGGUUUGGAGCAUCUGUGAGAUCAAAGCAGGAUAAAAUUUUGGCCUGCGCCCCACUGUACCACUGGAGGACUGAAAUGAAGCAGGAGAGAGAGCCUGUUGGAACAUGCUUUCUUCAGGAUGGAACAAAGACUGUUGAGUAUGCUCCAUGCAGAUCGAAAAAUAUUGAUGCUGAUGGACAGGGAUUUUGUCAAGGAGGAUUCAGCAUUGAUUUUACUAAAGCUGACAGAGUACUUCUUGGUGGCCCUGGUAGCUUUUAUUGGCAAGGUCAGCUCAUAUCAGAUCAAGUGGCAGAAAUUGUAUCCAAAUAUGACCCCAAAGUUUAUAGCAUCACCUAUAAUAACCAGCUAGCAACUCGGACUGCACAAGCUGUUUUUGAUGACAGUUAUUUGGGUUACUCCGUGGCUGUUGGCGAUUUCAAUGGUGAUGGCAUAGACGACUUUGUUUCAGGCGUUCCAAGAGCAGCGAGGACUUUAGGAAUGGUUUAUAUUUAUGAUGGGAAAAACAUGUCAUCCUUACACAAUUUUACUGGUGAGCAGAUGGCUGCAUAUUUUGGAUUUUCUGUCGCUGCCACUGACAUUAAUGGGGAUGAUUAUGCAGAUGUGUUCAUUGGCGCACCUCUAUUCAUGGAUCGUGGUUCGGACGGCAAACUCCAAGAGGUGGGACAGGUCUCAGUGUCUCUGCAAAGAGCUUCGGGAGACUUCCAGACAACCAAGCUGAAUGGGUUUGAAGUCUUUGCAAGGUUUGGCAGUGCCAUAGCACCUUUGGGAGACCUGGACCAGGAUGGCUUCAAUGAUAUUGCGAUUGCUGCUCCCUAUGGGGGUGAAGAUAAAAAAGGAAUUGUUUAUAUUUUCAAUGGAAGAUCAACGGGCUUGAAUGCAGUGCCAUCUCAAAUCCUGGAAGGGAAGUGGGCUGCCCAGAGCAUGCCACCGAGCUUCGGCUAUUCAAUGAAGGGAGCCACAGAUAUAGACAAAAAUGGAUAUCCAGACUUAAUUGUAGGAGCUUUUGGUGUGGAUAGAGCUGUGUUAUACAGAGCCAGACCAGUUAUCACUGUAAAUGCUGGCCUUGAAGUGUACCCUAGCAUUUUAAAUCAAGACAAUAAAACCUGCCCACUGCCUGGGACAGAUCUGAAAGUUUCCUGUUUUAACGUCAGGUUCUGCUUAAAGGCAGAUGGCAAAGGAGCACUUCCCACCAAACUUAAUUUCCAGGUGGAACUUCUUUUGGAUAAACUCAAGCAAAAAGGAGCAAUUCGACGAGCACUGUUUCUCCAUAACAGGUCCCCGGGUCACUCCAAGAACAUGACCAUUUCCCGGGGCGGCCAGAUGCAGUGUGAGGAACUGAUAGCAUAUCUGCGGGAUGAGUCUGAAUUUAGAGACAAACUCACUCCAAUCACUAUUUUUAUGGAGUAUCGGUUGGAUUACAGAACAGCUGCUGACACAACAGGCUUGCAGCCCGUCCUUAACCAGUUCACUCCUGCCAACGUCAGCCGGCAGGCUCAUAUUCUCCUUGAUUGUGGUGAAGACAACAUCUGUAAACCCAAACUGGAAGUUUCUGUAGACAGAGAUCAAAAGAAGAUCUAUGUUGGGGACGACAACCCUCUGACAUUGAUUGUUAAGGCUCAGAACCAAGGAGAAGGUGCCUAUGAAGCUGAGCUCAUUGUCUCCAUCCCACCUCAGGCUGAUUUCAUCGGGGUUGUCCGCAACAGUGAAGCCUUAGCAAGACUUUCCUGUGCAUUUAAGACAGAAAACCACACCCGCCAGGUGGUAUGUGAUCUUGGAAACCCAAUGAAGGCUGGAACUCAACUCUUAGCGGGCCUCCGCUUCAGUGUGCACCAGCAGUCGGAGAUGGACACCUCUGUGAAGUUCGAUUUACAAAUCCAGAGCUCCAAUCUUUUUGACAAAGUAAGCCCAAUUGUAUCUUAUAGAGUUGACCUUGCUGUUUUAGCUGCUGUUGAGAUAAGAGGAGUCUCAAGUCCUGAUCACAUCUUUCUUCCGAUACCAAAUUGGGAGCAUAAGGAGAACCCCGAGACUGAAGAAGACGUUGGGCCCGUUAUUCAGCACAUCUAUGAGCUGAGAAACAACGGUCCAAGUUCAUUCAGCAAGGCAAUGCUAAAUCUUGAGUGGCCUUACAAAUACAACAAUAGCACCUUGUUGUACAUCCUCCAGUACGAUAUUGAUGGGCCGAUGAACUGCACUUCAGAUGUGGAGAUCAACCCUUUGAGAAUUAAGGUUUCAAGUUCACAAACAACGGAGAAGAAUGACACCCUUGCUGGGCAAGGUGGCCGGAACCAUCUCGUCACUAAGCGGGAUCUCACCCAGGGUGAAGGAGGUGUUCACGCUUUGGGUUGUGGGAUUGCCGAAUGCUUGAAGAUCACCUGCCAGGUUGGGCGACUGGACAGAGGGAAGAGCGCAAUCCUUUAUGUGAAGUCUCUGCUGUGGACCGAGACCUUUAUGAAUAAGGAAAACCAGAAUCAUUCAUACUCUCUGAAGUCAUCUGCUUCAUUUAAUGUCAUUGAGUUUCCUUAUAAGAACCUUCCCAUUGAGGAUAUCUUCAACUCCACAUUAGUUACCACUAAUGUCACCUGGGGCAUUCAGCCAGCACCCAUGCCCGUGCCUGUGUGGGUAAUAAUCUUAGCAGUUCUAGCAGGAUUGUUGUUACUGGCUGUUUUGGUGUUUGUGAUGCACAGGAUGGGCUUUUUUAAACGUGUUCGACCACCUCAAGAAGAACAAGAAAGGGAACAGCUUCAACCUCAUGAGAAUGGUGAAGGAAACUCAGAAACUUAACUGUGAUUUUUUAAGUUAUGUGACAUCCUGGCCCAUGAGAAUUACCAACGUCAUAGAUGUCAGUUUCCUUCGUGAGGACUGAAAUUAUAAGACUUUACUGCUGACGGUGCCCUUUGGUAUUGACCACAAACGGAGAGCAUCUGUCAACUUCUUUAUAAAUUAGUUCAGACUUACAUUUAAUACACAUCCACUGACUUGUGUUUUUAGGUAUUUACAUAAUAAAAUUUGAAGUGAUAGUUCUUUAAUGUAUAUAAGACAGGUAGUGCCUGAAUUACCACUUUGUGUAAAAUAGUACCUCCUAUAAUUCCUGUUUCUGGUUUGUAUGUUGGAUUUUGUUUGUUGUUGUUUUAUUGUUAUUGUUCUAAAGCAAUUCAUGCUUGGACCUUAGCACCCACAUCUUUUGUACAGGUACUUAAUGUUACUACACAACACACUACAGUUGAGUUUUCAAGUUACUAAAGACUUUAUACCUCCAUGAACUUGCAUUUUAAUAUUACCUAUAUGGCAAACUUAAAAAAAAACUGACUCCACCAAAACUUUUUCCUGUAAUAGAUAGGUAUAGUUAUUUUGUUUUAAUAUGAUGUUUGGGUACAUGAUAUUAAAUUUUUAUUUAUUUAAUCCAUAACCCCUUUAUUACAUUUUAAUUAUUUAAGUUUAAGCUUAUUCCAAAUCCUUUAAGUGAACCUAUACUAAAAAUUAGUUCUUAAAUCAGAAAUGCCUCUUUUGUGUAAUAGCUUAAUUUCAGCUAAACAUCAUGAUGCUUAAAGCCAUAUGGAGUUGAAAAUCCGUUUCCAAAGUACAUUUGUUCCAUUGUAUUAGUCCAGCCAUUUACAAUACAAAAACAUAAGCAUUUGUAUUUUAAAAAACUACAUGUGUAGUUCUUUGAUAGAGUUGCUUAUUAAUACUAUGUUUUUAGAUUAGAGCAAGAGUUUUUAGUGGAGGUUAAUUUAUUUUCUUCCUAUAUAUGUUUUUUUAAAAAAUAUAUAGUUCCAAAACUGUUACUGAGAACAGGUCAAGAUCAAUGAGGAAUCCUUAUAAAUUCAGGAAUCUGCAUCCAACCCCUACACCCCAUGAGAAAUCCUUGGAAUUGAAAUUCUUAAGGUAGCAAUAGCAUAAUAUCACAUACAUGCAUAUUACCUCAUUCUGAGCAAAGUGUAAUGUGUAAAACCAGUCUCAGCUAUCAAAAUAACUUUUAAAAGGUACUUUUAUAAGCAAUUCAAUUUAUUGGAAACUUUUAAAACUUUCUUAGGUUUAUUACCAUAAAUUACUUUUCUAGAACUUUUUUAAUAAAAGCUGCACAGGUGGCAAAUUGUAUUUUUAUAUGUUUGUAGGGUGAUGAGUUUUUAGAGGAAUAUGUGACUUAUUCACAGUCCUUCAAAGCCUAGGGAUUAUUAAUUACAGCUAUUUUUGUGCAAUUACAUCAUGGUAUACAUUAGAAAUUGAGAGUUUAAUAGUUUUUUAACUGCUGUCUUCAUUAGGCAAUGAUAAAUAUUUCCCUUAAAUAGUUGAAAUUUAUCUUGCCACGUCUUGUGUUAUAAUUCCCUGCACAAGUGGCUGUAGUAAAAUAGAGGCACAUUAGGUGAGUUAUACAAGUUAGAACCUUGACAAGACCCUGUAUUUAGCUUUAGUGAAUUUCAAAAUUAAAAGAUUUUAUAAUAUAGAUUUUUUUCAGUAGCUUAAGAGAUCAUAGUCACAUGCAAUAACCAUUAAAUAUAAAAUGUUGUUAAGAAAAAAGUAUCCUAAAGCCUCCCACCAGACAAUUGCUAAGUCAUUUCGUGAUGACUUCCACCUUACCUGUUUUCCCAUGGACUGGCAGUCAUUCCUGAAAAUUCUUGUUGGACAGAAAUUUACUCUCUCACAAAAAAGUUUGCUAUUGCACAAUCUAUUCCGUUAUGGACUUUAUUUCAAGGUAAAGUCUUAUGUAGGAGAUAGGAUGUUUUCAUUGGAAUUUAACAGGAUGUUUUAAAUUGCCUUUAUGAAUUGUAGCCUUAGGCAAUAAUAGGUUUUUAAUGAAAAAUUUAUAUCUCUAAAAAAAUCACAUGGUAGAAAUAUACUUUUAAAAGCCUACUCUUUGAGGAAAAUGUUUGGAUUCUUUUAACCCUAAAGUAGCAUGUGAAUAUAUUUGGUUGAAAUGUCAAAACAAAUAACCCUAUAAAAACUUUUAACUUUCAAAUAUUUUAGAUACUAGUGUGUGAUUUAUUGCAAAUUAAUAUCUGUUUUGAGUAUAAAAUACUUAAAAUGUAAUUCAGUUUAAAAAUACAGAAGUGAGGUAGAGAAUAUUUAAUGCAUUUGACAUUGGUAAUAUUGAUACUGUUGAUUUCUUAUAUAGGCAUUUAUUUGAGAAUUGAUAUUAUGAAACAUUUCAUGUUCAUGAAAUGUUCAAACCUUUGUGUGAGAGACAUUCUUACAUUUUCUUUCCUUUAUGCUUCUUUUGUAAUUAAUUAUUAUUAUAAUUCUGAUUGAGUAAUUAUUAUUAUAAUUCUGAUGAGUUCUUAAUUCUGAAGUGUAAAACAAUCCAAAUGUUAGUGCCACAACUAUACCUGUGUUGUGAAACUACUUAGUGAUAGUAAAUUCUCAUUAACUCUUAUAUUUAUAUAAAGAGAAAAUUUAGGUAUUAGGAAAAGAGACUGCCCUGGCUUCUUUAAGAGGGCUGUGGAAGACUUUCAAUAGUGAGUCAUGACCCGGAGAGAGAUUUAUGCUGCAGAAGUAGAGUGUAUGCGACCAGCAGGCAGAAUGUGUAAGUUGGUGGAUAUCCCUGUGUUGCAGAGUGUAGUGCCAAACAUGAUAGAGACCGAGUCUGUCUUGGAACACCUGUGUGUGGCCAUGGCCCGGCUCAGUGCCACCUUGUUUGCGCUCUUGGAUAGCUUGUUUAUGUUGUUGUUUAGUAUAUAAGAAAAAAUGUGAAAUUUGAAAACUGAAUAUAGGAUCAAAAACAGUGAAUGAAAUGACUUUGUACUCAGUGUUUUGGAGAGUUGUCCCUUGAACUGGUCAGCAGGCUGGUUGGAAUGACAAACCUGGGGACAAGCAGCAUGCAUAAAUGAUUGUAUUUCAUUGUAGUUUCUGAAAUAUAAUGAAUUUCAUUGGAGAGGUACCAAAUCUUUCAUUUUUGUUGUCAUUGUUCUCAAGUGCAAUAUAACAAUGUUACCAAACCCAGAUAAUUUCCAAGCCAUUAUUCAUUUAGUAAGCCUAAUCUAAAUUGAGAUUUAUUAAUAUUUUGUUAGCAGGAAGAAGUGAUUCUAUUGUACUAUGGAUAUACAAAUGAAGUUAUUUACUCCUAAAAGGUACAUUCUACAUUUUAUUUCAGGCUGAACAUGAACUGUUCCCUAUUAGUUUUGAAACACUUUGAAAUCUCUUGAAGUAACUUAGAAACUGUGUAUAUCAAUUUAGCUCGCUACCUAAGUAACAUAGACUUUCUUGAUUUAGCUUCUCUUCUGAUCACCCACAUUGGGUGAGACAUAAAAUGAAUGUGUUCUAAAACAUGUCAUUUGCUAACUUAAUUUGAAUUUGUGAAAACUGGUACGAUGUUCUCUUAGUACCCAAAGUGUAACUUGUGACUGUACAAUAAACUUAAGCAUAUGGUGCCA